AUUUUAACGUUAUAUAAGUGCUCCUUUUUUAACGUUGUAUAAAUGCUCAAUACACAUGUGAAAAUAAGGUAUCUGUUUUAUUUAUUCUCAGCAUUUUGAAUGGCAAUAACAAGUGUCAGUUGACUGGAAAAGUAGGACUUUUUUCAGGACUUGGACAAGAAAAACGAACAUUAAUUUAAAGAUAUACAAAUAUGGGGAGUAGCACCUCGAUUCCGAUUGUACCGAUCGCAAGUGAUCGUGUUUUCAUAAUAACAGGAGCGAAUACCGGGAUUGGGUAUGAGAUCGCUAAAUGGUGUGCCAUGAUGGGCGCUACGGUGAUCCUAGCUUGUCGGUCAGAGGAUCGUGCCAAAAAAGCCAUGGAAACUAUGCAAGAGGAGUUUACAACUGAAAAAGCGAAAGGAACUAAGGGUAUAACUGAAAGUCCGAGUCUUGCUAUUGAAUUCAUGAAACUUGACCUGGCUUCGUUUCAGUCAGUGGUAGACUUUUGUGAGGAAUUCAAGAAAAGUGGUCGUCAGCUUCACGUGUUGUUUUGUAACGCUGGUCUUGGAUUUUGUCCAUAUAAAAAAAGUGGAGACGGACUUGAAAUGAUGUUGCAGGUUAAUUACCUCAGUCACUUCAUCAUCAUUGCAAAAUUGUUAUCAAUAAUGCGACGGUCUGGACCGGAUUGUCGUAUUGUGCUUACAUCCAGUAGCUUUCAUAAAAAGGGGACAUUUGACGUCGCUACCAUGAAUUAUACUGGUAAUGCCGCAAAUUUUCCGGAUCGAAAUUACUACGGACGGUCGAAGUUGUAUCAAGUCAUGCAAGCUAUUGCUAUGUCACGCCGGCUUAAAGACUCAAACGUUACCAUCAACAGCAUGCAUCCUGGCUUUGUAGACUCGGAGUUGUUUAGGGAUCUUGACAGAGGUAUCGCAAGAUGUUGUUUCUGUUGUUUUCGAACUUGUGGUGUUAUGAAAAGCACGCUAAACGGGGCCACCACCGGUAUUGACCUAGCUACAAAUCCGAAACAUGCUGGGGUGUCAGGGCAUUACUGGGUAGAUUGUAAGAUCACAACACCAUGUAGCACGUCACGUGACGAGCAAAAACAAGAGAUGCUGUGGAAAGAAACUUUCCCUUUCAUUCGAAAGUACCUGACAGAUGAGGAAAUGGCAGAUCUGGAAGGAAAAUCCAAAAAUCGUUUGUAAUUUGAGAUGUAGAGAUUUACUGAGAUAUUUUGUUGGAGAUUAAUAAUGUGUUACACGGCGGGAUUAAUAUCAAGCUUUUGAAAGUGUAGAAAGCGCUUUAACAUUUUUUUUUGUAACUGAAAUAGAAUUGAUCCAGUGAAUUCCAGGCUGUAAAAGUUCUAUUUCAUUAGUUUUCUACGUUGAGUUUGUGAUACAUGAUACCAGUCGGAGGUUGUCUUAAAAAGUCGUUGCAGAAAUGGUUAGAGAUCACAGGUCAGUUGGUGUUGUUUAUAAAGGACCCUUUCUAAGUCGAAUUCGAAGAGAAAAAAAAUCCCCAUUGCUGGGAAUAAGAGCAACAUUAAUUGUGUUGUGGAAAACAAGAAUAUUAGUUUUGUAAAUGUUAAAAAAGUUAAAAAAGGAACAAAAAACAG